AUGGGCCGCGAAGACCAGAUUGAAGAGCGCGAGGUGCUCGACUCGAUUUUUCCGGAAGAAAUCACAGACAUAUCUGACACCGCAUACCGGAUAUCGAUCGCCCUCGACACGCCCGAAAAUGACGUCGAAGAAACAGAGCAACCGGUUCUGGUGCUGCAGGUGUCGUACCCGCCUGACUACCCCGACGUGGCCCCGGAGUUAGACAUUUCGGCCCCUCCCAACGCGCCGAAACACCCGCGACUAGAUAUCCAGGAGGAUCGGGACCGACUGCUCGAGACGCUGGGGCCGGCGAUCGAGGAGAACAUUGGGAUGGCGAUGGUGUUUACGCUGGUGAGCGCCCUGAAGGAGAGCGCCGAGCAGCUCAUGUCGGAGCGGGUAAACGCCGUGCAUGCGCAGAAGGAGAUGGAGGCCGCCAAGGCGGAGGAGGAGGAGAACCGCAAGUUUCAGGGCACGGCUGUCACCCGGGAGUCGUUCCUAGAGUGGCAGGCGAGGUUUAAGCAGGAGAUGGAGGAUGAUGAGAGGAGACAGAAGGAAGAGAAGGAGGCGGACGACAAGAAAUCGAAGACGAAGACGCCGGCGAAGGAAGAGAAGAAGCUGACGGGUAGAGAACUAUGGGAGCAGGGAUUGGCCGGAAAGGCCGACUUUGAUGAAGAGGAGGAGGGUGCUAUGCCGCCUGUUGAGAAGAUGAAAAUUGCUGCGUAG